AUGGAUUCUCAAGAAGAAUAUAGCUCAAGCUUUCAAAAAAGUAUAUAUACUGAUGAAAGUGAUAGCGAAAAUAAUAGCAAUGAUACGUUCUCUACUACGAGCACGACAACUAAUACUAGUACUAAGAAAAAAAGAAACAAAGGCAGAAAAAGCUUUGUGUGGAAAUAUUUCAAAAAAAUUGGAAAUAAAGAUAUUUGUGAUGUUGAAAUAAAAAAAAAUGGCAAAGACCAAAAAUGUGGAACAGAAUAUACUCAUGAUGGUUCAACGUCGAAUAUGAUUGCUCACCUAAAAUCAGCGCAUAAUAUUGUGGACAGCAAAAAACUAAAACCCAAAGUACAAAAAAAUCGACAAACCACAAUAUCAGAGUCAAUUCAAUUAAAUACUCUAUAUAAAGACGAUAAACUAAAAGAAAUAAAUAGAGCAGUUAUUGAAUGGAUACUUAUUGAUAAUAAACCAUUAUCAGCACUAAGAAAAAAGGGAUUCUGCCACAUGAUAGCAAAAAUUGAUCCAAAAUUUCGUCUACCUUCUGAUAGAGUA